GGGCAGUCACGCCCUCCCUCUGGGCUUAUUGAGAGUUAUAUCAAGAAAUUCAGUUCAGAGAGAGGAGAGGAGCGGGAGAAGGAGAGAGGGGCAGAGGAGAAGGGAGAGAGGGAGAGCACGCGAGACGGAAAGGAGCGCCUCAGAGUCUCUGAAGCACGCAAGAGAUAACCGAUUAGGAAUUUUUCGGGCAACUGUCACCCGGAUAGCGGUCAGAGAAUCACCAUCACCGCAACUCUGACGUUUCCUACAAGAAGUUAGAGACUUAAGCAGUAUUGGCAUCGGAUGGAAAUGGUAUGCAUGAUGCUGUGGAAAAUAUCCCUGAGCUGAAGAAGUGCAACUGGAUGUUGUGUGUGUGCUAAAUACCCAGAAGAACCCAGACCCAGUGGGUAAGGGAGACGAAAUGUGGAGAGAAUGACUAACGACAAAUCCGUGAAUUUGUUCUCUGGAGUUGCUAAUUUGCCAGCCCGAAGCAACACAUUUUACAAGGAGGAAACGUUUUGCUGCUUCUGAUUUCUCCCCAAACUGGUGCUACCAGAUGCAUGGCUUUCUAUGUGUUGGAACAAAUCAUUCCUAACUGCAGCAUACUGGGAAAGGGGAAAGGUUGAGGCAACUAACUGGCUGUCUCCAAAUAAGUGAUGAGAUAUAAUGCAUCCUCCAGUCCAUGCACGCUUCCUCUUGCAAUUUGUGCAUCAUUCCUCAGUGGAAACCUUUAAACCCUAAAAUCCAGGAAAAGAAAAUAAAUACAUUAUCAUGGACCUGAGGGAUUUUUACCUGUUGGCUGCUCUGAUUGCCUGUUUAAGGCUGGAUUCCGCAAUAGCUCAAGAACUUAUUUACACUAUUAGAGAGGAAUUGCCUGAAAAUGUGCCCAUAGGAAACAUACCAAAGGAUCUGAACAUUUCUCACAUCAAUGCUGCCACAGGGACCAGCGCCAGCCUUGUCUACAGACUGGUUUCUAAAGCUGGGGAUGCCCCUUUGGUGAAAGUAUCCAGCAGCACUGGGGAAAUUUUCACAACCUCCAACAGAAUAGACAGAGAAAAACUCUGUGCUGGCGCCUCAUAUGCUGAGGAGAAUGAGUGUUUCUUUGAACUUGAGGUGGUGAUCCUCCCCAAUGAUUUCUUCAGGCUGAUCAAAAUAAAAAUAAUUGUCAAGGAUACCAAUGAUAAUGCCCCCAUGUUUCCAUCUCCUGUCAUCAAUAUUUCCAUUCCAGAAAACACUUUGAUCAACAGCCGCUUUCCAAUUCCAUCAGCAACAGAUCCUGACACAGGCUUCAAUGGUGUACAGCAUUAUGAAUUGUUAAAUGGGCAGAGUGUUUUUGGACUAGAUAUCGUGGAAACUCCGGAGGGAGAGAAGUGGCCACAAUUGAUUGUUCAGCAAAACUUGGAUAGAGAACAGAAAGAUACCUAUGUGAUGAAAAUCAAAGUAGAGGAUGGAGGCACUCCACAGAAAUCCAGUACGGCCAUACUGCAGGUCACAGUAAGUGAUGUAAAUGACAACAGGCCGGUGUUUAAAGAGGGUCAAGUGGAGGUGCAUAUUCCAGAGAAUGCUCCCGUAGGUACCUCUGUAAUUCAGCUCCAUGCCACUGAUGCAGAUAUAGGCAGUAAUGCUGAAAUCCGGUACAUUUUUGGUGCCCAGGUCGCCCCUGCAACCAAAAGACUCUUUGCUUUAAAUAAUACUACUGGGCUGAUUACAGUUCAGAGGUCCUUAGAUAGAGAGGAGACAGCCAUUCACAAAGUGACAGUGCUGGCUAGUGACGGCAGCUCCACUCCUGCUCGAGCAACGGUUACCAUCAAUGUCACUGAUGUAAAUGAUAACCCUCCUAAUAUAGACCUCAGGUACAUUAUAAGUCCCAUCAAUGGCACUGUGUAUUUAUCUGAGAAAGAUCCUGUCAAUACAAAGAUUGCCCUAAUUACAGUUUCAGAUAAGGACACAGAUGUGAAUGGCAAAGUGAUCUGUUUUAUUGAAAGAGAGGUCCCAUUUCAUUUGAAGGCAGUAUAUGACAACCAAUAUUUGUUAGAGACCUCUUCUUUGUUGGACUAUGAGGGCACCAAAGAAUUCAGCUUUAAAAUUGUUGCCUCUGAUUCUGGGAAGCCCAGUUUAAAUCAGACUGCCCUGGUAAGGGUUAAGCUUGAGGAUGAAAAUGACAACCCACCAAUUUUCAACCAGCCUGUAAUUGAGCUGUCAGUUUCUGAAAACAACCGACGUGGGUUAUACUUAACAACUAUUAGUGCCACAGAUGAAGACAGUGGGAAAAAUGCAGACAUUGUUUAUCAGCUUGGACCGAAUGCCUCCUUCUUUGAUCUGGACCGAAAAACAGGAGUUUUGACAGCCUCCAGAGUCUUUGACAGAGAAGAACAAGAACGAUUCAUUUUUACAGUAACUGCCAGGGACAAUGGGACCCCUCCCCUCCAAAGCCAAGCGGCUGUGAUAGUUACUGUUCUGGAUGAGAAUGACAAUAGCCCCAAGUUUACUCAUAAUCAUUUUCAAUUUUUUGUGUCUGAGAAUCUGCCAAAGUAUAGUACUGUGGGGGUAAUCACAGUGACAGAUGCAGAUGCUGGAGAGAAUAAAGCCGUGACUCUUUCCAUUCUAAAUGACAAUGAUAAUUUUGUGUUGGAUCCCUAUUCUGGAGUCAUAAAGUCAAAUGUCUCAUUUGAUAGAGAGCAGCAGAGUUCCUACACUUUUGAUGUCAAAGCCACUGAUGGAGGACAACCACCUCGUUCCUCUACUGCAAAAGUCACUAUCAACGUCAUGGAUGUCAAUGACAACAGCCCAGUUGUCAUUUCUCCACCGUCUAAUACUUCCUUUAAGUUGGUGCCCCUCUCAGCCAUUCCUGGCUCCGUGGUAGCAGAAGUUUUUGCAGUGGAUGUUGACACUGGAAUGAACGCUGAACUAAAGUAUACUAUAGUGAGUGGAAACAAUAAAGGCUUAUUUCGGAUUGAUCCAGUAACAGGUAACAUUACUCUGGAAGAAAAACCGGCACCUACUGAUGUGGGAUUGCAUCGUUUGGUGGUCAACAUAAGUGACCUGGGGUACCCUAAGUCUUUGCAUACGCUUGUGCUUGUAUUCCUUUAUGUUAAUGACACUGCUGGAAAUGCCUCCUAUAUCUAUGACUUGAUCCGCAGGACUAUGGAGACCCCGUUGGACAGGAACAUAGGGGAUAGUAGCCAACCCUAUCAAAAUGAGGACUAUCUAACCAUCAUGAUUGCCAUCAUUGCCGGUGCCAUGGUGGUCAUCGUUGUGAUCUUUGUCACCGUUCUGGUGCGCUGUCGCCAUGCAUCAAGGUUCAAAGCAGCUCAGAGGAGCAAGCAAGGUGCCGAAUGGAUGUCCCCAAACCAGGAGAACAAGCAAAACAAGAAAAAGAAAAGAAAGAAAAGGAAGUCUCCCAAAAGCUCUCUUUUGAACUUUGUUACUAUCGAAGAGUCCAAACCCGAUGAUGCAGUUCAUGAACCUAUCAAUGGGACAAUAAGCCUGCCGGCUGAACUGGAGGAGCAAAGUAUAGGAAGAUUUGACUGGGGCCCGGCACCUCCAACAACGUUCAAGCCUAACAGCCCUGACCUGGCCAAGCACUACAAAUCUGCUUCUCCACAGCCUGCUUUUCAUCUCAAACCAGACACUCCAGUUUCCGUGAAAAAGCACCAUGUGAUUCAGGAACUCCCUUUGGACAACACCUUUGUCGGGGGUUGUGACACCCUUUCUAAACGCUCUUCCACUAGUUCAGAUCACUUCAGUGCCUCAGAGUGCAGUUCCCAAGGAGGCUUCAAGACAAAGGGCCCCUUACACACCAGACAGUGUAACUCACACAGCAAAAGUGACAAUAUUCCUGUCACUCCUCAGAAAUGUCCCAGCUCCGCGAGUUUCCACAUUCAGGAGAAUGAAGAAAGCCAUUACGAGUCGCAGCGCCGUGUUACGUUUCACCUCCCUGAUGGCUCCCAGGAAAGCUGCAGUGACAGUGGUCUAGGAGACCAUGAGCCGGUGGGUAGUGGAACCCUGAUCUCACACCCUCUUCCUCUGGUUCAGCCACAGGACGAAUUCUAUGACCAGGCCUCUCCGGACAAGAGGACUGAAGCAGAUGGCAACUCUGAUCCCAACUCUGAUGGGCCUUUGGGUCCCCGAGGAUUAGCUGAAGCUACAGAGAUGUGCACUCAAGAGUGCUUGGUUUUGGGUCACUCUGAUAAUUGCUGGAUGCCUCCUGGCUUGGGUCCAUAUCAACACCCCAAAUCUCCUCUCUCAACCUUUGCACCCCAGAAAGAAUGGGUGAAGAAGGACAAGCUUGUGAAUGGGCACACCCUGACCAGAGCCUGGAAAGAAGACAGCAACAGGAAUCAGUUCAAUGACCGUAAGCAGUAUGGCUCCAACGAAGGCCAUUUCAACAAUGGCAGCCCCAUGACAGACAUUCCUCUGGCAAAUCUGAAGUCUUAUAAGCAAGCAGGAGGUGCUAUUGAGAGUCCUAAGGAGCACCAACUCUAAGAAAAAGCUAUAUAGGACCUAAUAACUUUAAUCUAAAUAGACAUGCUAAUACCGUGUGCGUCAGAGCUUUAUGUAUUCAAUAGGUGUCUACAACUAUGCCCCUUCUAGCAGGGAUACCUAUAACUUCGUGUUAGCACCAUGGAGAAUACAAUGUUUUGCAACAUAUGAGAGAAGAUAGUUCUAGCCAUGCAAUUUUGUUUACUAGAAUUGAUUAAACUCUCCAGAGAUCUCUCCAUUGUGCAAAUUUUUUUUAUUAUUGCAUUUUAUUUUGACCCUGGACUGCUGCUAUGAACAAUAGAAUAUGCAUUUGGAAAGUAAGAAAGUUUCAUGGAUUAGUGUGACUGAAAAACAUAUCCAGUUAGAAAAUUGUGCUUUUUUUUUUUUUUUUUUUUUUGUCAUUGAUUUGUGCUGGGACUGCUAUACUUGACAUUAUACUGCAAACAAAACUUAAAGAGAUAAGCAUUAAGCCUAUUGUGCUGUUAACAACGUUAGUGGACACUUGUAAGUCAAUCAGUGUUAAAGUAUUUGUAAAUAGAAGCAAGCUAUUAUUAACAACUUUUGUGUACUUAUAAUGUUCACCUAAAAAUGUUGUAGCAUAAUUCUGUGUUUUACGGUUGCUUCUGUCCUUCUUUUUAUUUACCUCUUUGUUGUUAUUUUUGUUGUUUCUUUCAGUGAGGUGUUUCUGCGUUAGUGGUCUGUCUUGACACACAUUGUUCAAACAAUCUCAAGCACUUGUGUUUAAAAAAGGUUCUGAAAUCUUGCUUCUUGUAUGAUAGCUUAUGAUGCUGGAAUUCUGUAAACAAUAAAGAUGAAAGAAAAAAUGAAAACUUAAUACAAAAAAGGACUUCUGCAAAAGCUUGGAAAUUCAGAACCUAUUUUUUAUAAUCUUAUUUUCAAAGUAGGCAAAGGCAAAAUCACUUAAUUAGUACCAUUAAGUGAGAGAGUAAUGGAAAACUGUUAUCCAUCAAAAGUAAUAUAAUAUCCUGUACUUGUCACUCAUGUAAAACUAAUGUAUCAAAAUUAGCAUAUAUGGAAGAAAAAUCACUAUUCAAAAAUAGUUUCAAUUGGGCAAAUGUGUGUCUACAACUUUGUUGAAAUGGCAGAGUUUGUGUUGAUCCUCAUAUACAAUAAUGUUGUUGUAACACAAGUGUUAUUAGACCAUAGCCACAAAAUAUUUAAUGUGUUGUGCCUUCAUGAUGUAACAGAACAUUCUCCAGGUAGGGUAGUUGGGGGAAAUAAAGGGAUAAAUCUCUAAUUAUUGCUGUUUAACUGUUUGUUAUCAUAGUUGGUCAAUGCCUGGCAGGUACCAGCAUAUUGUCACUUAGGUCAAACCAACAAAGUGACAACUAAUGUUAAUAAGAUCUCAGUUGCACGUGCAAACAAAUCCAAAUUCGAACAUUCUUAGGAGGUUUUUGUUAAGGCAUGACAGAUGAUUUAAACAAAUAAAUAGCAUGCAACAAAAUGUCUUUAUUGAAAGAAGUGGAAGUUAUCUUAAUGCCACGGUUCACCAUCAAUUUAAAAGUAAAAAAAACAAAAAAAACAAAAAAUUAAAAAAAAAGGUUUGCUAAUCUGAUAGUUAAUUUGUUCUUACCAAAAAAUAAAAUUACUUUGUAAAUAGCAGUUCACAUUUUUCCACAAUAUAAUGGAAAAUAAUGGGUAGGGGUGCAUUGCUUAUUGAAGUACAUUUUUGUUGGUUUGUGAGGGGUGUUUGAUGACUUUGACAGAAUAAAUAUCUAAACAAUUAUCCUUGUUACUGCUUUGCCAGUUCUACGUUAUUUACAAUUAUUCAGCUCUUGCAAUAAAUGUUCUGAAUUCCUGA